AUGAAAGCGUCCACCGUUGCCUUUGCGGCGUCUGCCAUAGUGACUGCCGUGGCUACAGACGUAUCUAUCGUCCGUCCAAAUGAGCCUUUCCUGCCAAACAAUGCGCUUCCCCCGUCGCACGCCACCUCCGACGGUGCCUCCAUCGUCAAAUUGUUCCCGAACCUUGGUCGUUCCACUACAUGGAAGUUGAUCUCGAAGACCAAUUUUGAAGGCGACACUGGUGAACCAGAAGGUAUGGUUCGUGUCAGUGACGACCGAUACUUCAUCUCUGCUGGACAAUGGACUGUUCCGACCACCAAAUAUCCUCAGCCGAUCAACGGUACCGACCGUACUCCCGGCGCCGGUUUCGCGCACACGCUCAUCUACGAUGGUCAGGGCAAACUAAUUGCCAAUGCCACUCUUACCAAGCCAGGAGAUAUUGAGUAUCACACUGGUGGUAUUGACUACGAUGGCCGAUAUCUCUGGGCCACGCUGUCUCAGUACCGACCGAAUUCGACCGCAACUAUCGUCCAGAUCGACCCCCUCACGCUCCAGAAGAAGGACAUGUUCCGCACCAACGAUCACAAUGGAGGAAUCGUGCAUGAUACUAUCACCGGCGACCUCGUCACCUUGAACUGGGGUGGCCGUAAUGCGACCACCUGGUCUCUGAAAGACUACCCGCAUGGAUUCACACCCUUGCCCGGUUUCAAAGCUCCCAAGUCUUCGGUGCCAGACCCUUCCUUCUUCAUUGAUUAUCAGGAUUGCAAGUUCCUUGGUCACUAUGCGCUUCCUGAGGCCAUGGCCGCCCGUGUCAGUGACCAGGGGAACGAUGCUGCCGCUGUGGGAAGUUCCAAUUGCGAUGACCAGUGA